CUCCGCCGAUCUCAGUCCUCCGCCGAUCUCCCUCCUCCGCCGAUUGAGCCACCACAACUCCACCACUGUUUGCGGCAGUCCGGCAAUGACACCAUUAUCACUGUCAGAUGUUGACAAGCAAUUCUUGGCUGCUCCGGUUAAGUCUGCGGUUGACAAAUUCCAGCUCCUUCCCGAGUUCUUGAAGGUGAGAGGGUUGGUGAAGCAACACCUGGACUCUUUUAAUUAUUUUGUUAGGACUGAAAUAAAAAAGAUUGUCCGUGCUAAUGAUCUCAUCACAUCCAGGGUCGACCCAACUAUCUACCUCAGGUAUAAAGAUGUUUGGAUUGGUGAACCUUCUAUGACAAUUGAUGGUGUCACUGAAAAGCUUAGUCCCCAUAAAUGUCGGCUAUCAGACAUCACGUAAGUUUGCAUUGGUCUGUCUAUAGAUUAAAUUAAAA